AUGUUUAGAAAUAAUAUAAAUAUAAUAAGAAAUAUUCGUUUGAGUAAUGGUAAUAUAUACAAAUAUAACAAUAAAUCAUCUUUUUGGUGGAAUCGUACCUAUUCAACAACAACUCCUCCUCCUCCUCAAGAACAAUCACAAUCAGAAUCAAUGGAUGAAUAUGAAUUGAAAAUUUAUAAUAUUUUACAACAAGAAUUGAAUCCAAUAAAUUUAAAAAUUAAAGAUGUAUCAGGAGGUUGUGGUUCAAUGUUUUCAAUAUUUAUUGAAAGUGAAAAAUUUAAAGGAUUAACUAUGAUUAAACAACAUCGAUUAGUUAAUGAAAUAUUAAAAGAUGAAAUUAAAAAAUGGCAUGGAUUACAAUUACGUACCAAAAAAGUAAACAUGUAA